AAAAAGCCGCAAGAUUUACCCGGAAGUUAUAAACUAGGAACACGUCUUAUUUUUUUCCAUUUUAUCUAUUCUGCGCUGCCGACUCCGCCACUGCUAUACAGCAGUCACGUUCCCACGCCGAUCAACUUUUCGGUUGGGUGCUCGGGUAGAAAACCGGUUGGCUUCAGACCGGAAGUGCAUGGAAUGGUGCAUGCUUUGCGCCUUUCUCUAUGGCGGAAUAAAGUCUCCUUCGUUUCUUCCCUAGAUUUUACUCCGCUGCCUUUCCAUGGCGGCGGCAGCGGCGGUGCUUCGGAGCCUGGACGAGCCCGUUCCCCAGGACCUGCCACCGGCCACGGGGUUACUGGUGGCUCCGGCUAAGGGAGAGUGGGCAACGGCCUGCCCGAGCGGCUUUCUAGUGUUGGCUGUGCGGCCGGCAGGGACUAAGUUGCAGCCGAUACUCUUGUGCGCGGCGCUACUAGAGGCAGAAGCCUCUGCUGCGCCGGAACUGUGGCUGAGCCGGGCCUUUCUGAGGCGGCUGGGACUGAUCGCGGGCAGGACCGUGAGGGUCUGGCCUGUGCGGAGGCCGCCGCUGCUCGCCUGGGUGUUACUGGGGUCAUCCGCGGCGGGAACCGCAGGGCGGACUCCUCGACCGUGGGUCGGCUCAAGCUCUAGCAUCCUCGUACGGCGCGGGGAGAUCCUGCCUGGCUCGGGACUGCGUAUAUUGGAGAGUCGACCGGCUCUCCAGGGACUGCUGGGCAUUGGCACCCGCUUGGCUGUGACUGAAUUGCGAAGCGGCGCUGAGGGCCGGGACCGGAGGGACCUGCGGACGCCUCUGGUUUCCGUGUGGGCACGCGGCGGGGAGCGGCUGGUUAGGGCACAGCGGGGUCACCCUGCGCUGUGGGGAGGAGACCCUGCGGUGGAUCACUCUCUCUGGGUGACCCCUGGGUGCUUGCACGGCCUGGGCCUCUUCCAAGGAGAAUGGGUGGUAGUGCGGAGGCGCGAGAGAGACUUUCCGGGAUGCACGGCGCCCCAUUUGGCCUCUGUGCAGGUUCUCAGGCCCCAAUGGUAUUUCUCGCUUGGAGAAAACGAUGAUGGGCACCACCAAGCAACAACUGCAGACGCCUUUCCGAACGAGAAUGCACUGAUUCCUGCCAGUUUGGCUUUCAAUCUCUCCUGCGAUCCUUUGGAAGGGAGCCUCCUGGAAAUACAGAGAUAUGGGGAAGCUGCUGGUGUGCAAGAGACAAAAGGAAGUCGAUCUUUGCUAUCUGUGCCAGCCAUUGCCAAGGAACUACACAUAGAAAUUGUGGCUUCACCAACUUACAACACCAGAGGAAUCUAUGAUCAAAUUCUUUAUCAGCACUUUCAAACUCCCAGGCUUGUACAAGAGAAUGAUAUUCUUUGUCUCCCAACUGUUGGACAUCCUGAAUUCUUAGAAGAAAAUUCAGUAAAGUUUAUUAGAUGGCCAGAGCUGUGGUUCAGGGUAAAAAGGAUAUUACCAGCAGAGAAAAUACAGCAAAGUAUAGGGUACUUAGCUGAUACUCAGAAUACUUCUUUAUUCCUGGUAGGUUCUACAAACAGUGCUAUUCCAUCUUUUCCAUCUCAUAAUGGCUGUAGUUUCUGGAGCAGUUUGUCUCCUGCUGGGCUUUGCAGUGCAGUGAAGCAGCUCUGUGACAUCCUUGGCCCUCAUUUACACAAUAGAGAAACUCUGCUAAAUGCAUCUGGAAGUAUUCUUCUUUCAGGACCCAGUGGUGUGGGGAAAAUUACAGCUGUUAGAGCUGCCUGUAGCCGCCUCAAUCUGCAUUUCUUCAAGGUGAAUUGUGUUGCUUUGUGUGGUGAUACAAGUGGAUCUACAGAAGUAAAACUAUAUAAUGCCUUCUCAGAGGCUGAGCUCUAUAGUCCUUGUGUCCUGCUGAUGAAAGAUGUAGAGCUGCUGGGAAGAGAUCGUGAUGGAUUUGGGGAGGACUCCAGGGUCAUUCUUGCAUUAAGACACCUUAUUUUGGAAAGAGAGAUAAAUACUAGUUAUCCUGUGCUGGUGGUAGGCACAACAAGCAAACUUGCAGAUGUCCCUUCAGAUGUGCAAACGGCAUUCCUUCAUGAGGUGAAAAUUGAAGCACCAGCUGAAGAGCAGAGGAAGGCCAUUCUUAGCACACUAACACAAAAUUUUCCACUGGGCAAAGAAGUAAGCCUGACCAAGCUAGCCCAGCAGAGUGCGGGCUUUGUUCUAGGAGAUUUCUGUGCUUUACUUUCCCACAGCAGCCGUGCUGCCUGUUCAAGGAUGCAGAAUUCAAGCUUUCCAGGGGGACCAAAUGAAGAUGAAGAAUAUGAUUUUUAUGCUGCUGGUUUUCCUCUUCUAGCAGAAGAUUUCAGUGUUGCACUAGAUAAACUUCAUGAUGCUCAUUCACAGGCAGUAGGAGCCCCAAAGAUUCCCUCUGUCUUCUGGCAAGAUAUUGGAGGGCUUCAGAAUGUGAAAAAGGAAAUCCUGGACACCAUUCAACUUCCAUUAGAACACCCAGAGUUAUUGUCUUUAGGCCUUCACCGCUCUGGCCUUCUGCUCUAUGGUCCUCCUGGAACAGGGAAGACAUUACUAGCUAAAGCAGUAGCAACAGAAUGUACCAUGACUUUCCUCAGUGUAAAGGGUCCUGAACUUAUUAGCAUGUAUGUUGGGCAGAGUGAAGAGAAUGUCCGUGAAGUGUUUGCCAGAGCUAGGGCAGCUGCUCCCUGCAUUAUCUUUUUUGAUGAGCUUGAUUCAUUGGCCCCCAGUCGUGGACGAAGUGGCGAUUCACAGGGUGUGAUGGACAGAGUUGUAUCUCAGUUACUAGCAGAACUGGAUGGGCUUCAUUCUUCUCAAGAUGUAUUUGUUAUUGGAGCUACAAACAGACCUGAUCUGCUGGAUUCAGCUUUACUCAGGCCAGGCAGGUUUGAUAAAUUGGUUUAUGUAGGAAUAAAUGAAGACCGAGAUUCUCAGCUGCAAGUACUGAGUGCCAUCACCAGAAAGUUUAAAAUGGACCCAUCUGUGAAUUUUCUUAAUGUCCUAGAGAAAUGCCCUGCACAGUUAACAGGAGCAGACCUGUAUGCACUCUGCUCAGAUGCAAUGAUGUUUGCUAUCAGAAGAAAAGUGGAAUGGAUAGAAGACGGUCUGGAUACUGAAAGCUCAGAAUUCACCCUUACCAUGGAGGAUUUUAUACAAGCUGCAACAAGGUUACAGCCUUCUGUUUCUGAGAUGGAGCUGCUUAGAUAUAAAUUGAUCCAGCAAAAAAAUGCUGCUUGAUUUGAAACAAAUAUGACCAAGAAAGAAAUAUCCAUAUAACCCCAGAAGUACAAAAUAAAAGCUACCAUGAGAAUAUUGUUCUUGUUAAAAGAAAUAGUGAUGACUCAAGUCACAAUCUGGUGGAUUCAUAUGAGUUAGAAAAAUGAGUUCAAGGCGUAGACCCGAGACUGAAGUUCAGAUGUGCAGGAUGUGUAGCAAAUUAAUCUUCAUUCAUACUUGGGACCGUUGCAUCUAUAAAGUGAUCAACAUCAGAAGGUGAUCAACAUCAGAUGGGAAAUCUUAGGCCCCUAAUAACCUGAGCUUUUGAAUUAUGAGAGAAAUGAUUGUAAGUAUUUAAAGAUAUCUAAAUAAAGGCUGCUUUGCUUUAUCUGGAAAACAAAAAUGCUAUCUAAUUCACUGAGAAUCUAUCAUUUCUCAUAAAUGUGAAAUACAAUA